AUGCCUGCGACAACCUUCUCGUCUAUCCCGCACUAUGAACCUGCGCCCCCAACUCAUGAAGAAUUGGAAUGGGCAGAUAUCCCCAUUAUUGACAUCUCGAAGGCCGGUACGCCGGAGGGUCGCGCGGAGCUCGCGCCCCCAGCAAGGGAUGCGAUGCGAACUCAAGGCUUCCUCUACAUAAUCAAUCACGGAUAUACUCAGACGCAAAACGAGCGGGUCUUUGACAUCGCAGACCUGCCAUUCGCUCAGGUGCCCGAAGAAGAGAAAAGACUCUUCGCUGGGGAUAUCAAGAAGACGGGAUCAUAUAGGGGUUACAAGCUUCGGAACUACUGGCACAUCGACAACGGUGUUCAUGAUCAGCUUGAACACUACAACUUACACCGAGCGAUAGACCAGCAAAACCAGCAGCACCCCAAGGCUUUGCAGCCGGUUCUUCCGGAGAUACGCGCUUUCGCUGAACACAAUCACCAUAACGUACUCCAUCCACUACUCAGGCUCCUCGCACUGGGCAUGGAGCUCCCCGAAGAUGCACUAGUUGAACAACACGGAUUUGAUUCGAAGGGAGAGACCUAUGUUCGCUUCAUGAAAUAUUACCCUCGGACUGAUGAUGAGGAGAUAAAGACUAAGAACGUCUGGCUUAAGGGACACACUGACUUCGGUACAAUUACCAUCCUCUGGAGCCAACCCGUUUCCGCCUUGCAGAUCCUGUCUCCAGACGGCAAAUGGAGAUGGGUCAAGCAUAUCCCAAAUGCCCUCGUCGUCAACGCGGGGGAUGCUAUGGAAUUCCUUUCAGGCGGCUUCUACAAGGCUACUAUUCAUCGCGUCGUCCAACCCCCCGCGGACCAGCGCGGUCAUACACGUGUUGGUGCCUUCUACUUCGCGAUGACGGACGACGACGUCCGGCUCAUCCCCUUUACCGAGAGCGCUGCGUUGCAGAGGGCCGGCAUCGUACGCCGGUGCGACGACGCCGAUGCGCCGACGAUGGAGCAGUGGCGACGGGGCCGAACAAGUGCGUAUGGCCAAUCUGAACUGAAGAAGAAGGACGAAGUCGUCGAAGAGGAAGUCAUCAACGGAGUCGUAGUGAAGCACUACAACUAG